AUGAUUGCUCCAAAUGAGAUUUACAAUGAUUGUCAUUAUGAUGAUGAUGAUGAUGAGGAUAAGGCGAAGGAGAGUGGGGAUGGAAAUUUUUAUUACAAGGAUGAGAUUUGCAAUGGAUGUCGUCAUGACGACGAUGAGGAUGUUCGUGGUGGUGGUGAUGAGGAUGAGGAUCAGAAGGGGGGUGGUGAUUACGAUUUUGAUAGCAAGUAUGAAGAUGACAAUAAUUGUGAUUUUGACAACGAUGAUGUGGAGAAGUAG